AUGAGACUCCUGCGCGGCACCCGCUGCCACCAUGCUCGCCGCAUAUACUCCCCUCUCCUCCCGCUCCGCAGAACCUACGCCAUCUCGGCCGCACCACCCAGCCAAGGCGAGCGAUUCAUUCCGCUCAAGACGACAUCGAUCCAACACGCACCUUCAGAAGUGAAGACAUCUCCCACGGCUUUCCUAGAGCAUGUGCGCUCCCCAACCUCCGGACCGUUAUUGUUCAAAGGCGGCAUCGGCGACGAAGGCCUCCCUCGGUCGUCAGAAAACAGCCGCGCGGACACGCUGCUCAAAGCACUGCGCGCAGACGGCGACCGCCGCGUCGAGGUGGAGGUCGGCAGGUACGAUCGGCCAGAGUCCGGGUCCGCCGGCGGUCGGUUCGAAGUUCCGCUCGGUGUAUACUUGGACUGGAUGACCAGCGCCGCACCAGCCGAAAAAGAGCAGGCGCAGCUGUACUUGGCCCAAUGGCGCGCGUGUGAAGAGGUCCCCGGGCUGUCGGAGAUGGUGCGGAGGCCGGGCGUGCUCGCCGCGCUGCUGGGACAGGGGUCGGUGGACUUGUACCAGGAGAGCUUCUUCGUGGGGCGUGGUGCGACUGUCACGCCAAUCCACCGGGAUCCGUACCACAACGUCUUCUCCCUCCUCGCGUCGUCGGCUCCAGAUGCGCACGGCAAACACUUCCUGAUCUUCCCGCCAUCCAUGAACGAGGUGCUCACCGAUGCCACGUUCUCGCGCAACACUGCCCGCCUCGAUGUCGUGCUUCGUCGGACCCCUGGAGCGAUGGACGGUUUCGACGCUGUGCUGGACGCAAAUUCCGCGCCGAGACGAGUAUCGGAGGCGGUGUUGGACAAUGGGGGCGCGCUGAGUUGUGUGCUGCGGGAGGGGGACACGCUGUUCAUCCCGCGCGGGUGGUGGCAUCGGGUCGAGAACGUCGAGGUUGAUGGAAAUUCCGGGCCGAAAGCGGAGGAUCAUGAAAAGCGCAAGGGGUGGACCGCGGGCGUAGGCUGGUGGUUCUUGUCGCGGAGCGAGUGA